UGGGGGAGGAAGGCAGAGAUUAACAACCUUGUGCUGCUGAGGAUCCCUCCAGCACCUCAGCAAGGGCAAAUGCAACCUGCUGCAGAUUUGGACCUGCCUUUUGGCUGUUUUAUGGUGUGGAGGCACGGGGAUGAGGGAGGCAUGUUUGGGGUAGUUUCAGCAAUACUGUAUGCAAUACUAUGACUAGCCUGGGCAUAAAAUCUAUUUGCCUAGUCUUCCCCGAUGACGGAUAUAUGCUCAAGAUUGAGCUUGGUUAUCAAUAAAUUACUCACCCAGCAAAACUUUCUAGAACAGCCCUGGCCCACAGGCAGUGGCACACAAGAUCUACCCGCCUUGCAACAGGCACAGGCUCAGACUGCUGCUCUCACCCAGAGCAUCGUGCCUGCUCCGGAGGUUGGCUGUAGGAUUAGAGGAGUGUCUUUGCCACCUCCAUGCCCUCUAAGUCCAUCUGACCUUCUCUCCUGGGUACAGGUAGUCUAAGAAGGUUUUUUAACUGCUCGUUUUUGUUUGUAGACAGAACUUAGCUACCUCCAGAGGGGUUACAGAAACAACCAAACUAGCCUCAGAGCCAACAGCAUGGUGAACCACCUGGGUUUUGCACCAGUACUGCCAUAUUCAUGUGACAGCAUGCCCCAGCUGGCAAACCCUGGUUCCCUGGGGACUGUCUGGAUCUGAAAUGUUGGUAUGAGAAUAUGCCUGGUGUGCUCGAGGACCUUGGGUGCAUCAGUUUUGCUCAGCAGCUAAUGCUUGCAGCAGGGUAAUCAUAGACUUUGCAGUCAAAGUCUUUGCUGGGUGACAGCUUUGGACUGUGCAUAACGAUCACCUAAGUCACCCGUGCUCCUGAAAACCAAGUGACUUCUUCUGGCACCGCGGUGGGAGCUGUGUCAUCCCAAAGGCCUGACCUCUCGUACCUGUGCAUCUCUGGUCUCCAAAUACCAGGGACGUGCCGAUGGAGAGAAGCGUCCACCCACCUGAGGAGCAAGCCUGAGAGCAGGGUCCCCCGUACGCGGCGGGUGAAGGCCCCGUGUGCCAGGACAGUGAUGGAGAAAGGUCUUGCCAACUUUCUGAGUCACGCUACUUUUACUAGCGCACCAUGUCCCAUUGCCAGAAACCCUCCCACCUUGGGGUGUUUGGACCACUGGCAUCCCGGAGGGGGUGAUGCCGCUCGGCUUCCCACAUCCCAGUGCCUCCAUGAGGAGUCGGGAACGGCCCCUCUCCAGGAGGGGCUUGCCAGCGCGGCUCCGUGCCGAGAGGAACACCCGAGCUUGGCAUUUUGGGGACGUAACCCCCAUGAUGGUCCCUCCUUUUGGUCGCGUCCUUCUUCCUGAAUGAAAAAUGACACAGCAAUGCCAAGAUUUCCCGCCUCCAUAGGUUAGGGAAACACCUGUGGGUGAGAGAGUUUGUCCCUUUCACUAGCUCAUUAAUUCAGUAAAUUACAAAGGGAAAUACAUGCUGGGAAAAGCAAGAAAAAUCCCAAAAGUUAAUCCAAGAGUUAUUUCCUCCCGAUACCUGGAUAAAAACGUGUUCUUUGGAGCUCUUCAAGUCAGACGUCAGCAAGACAGGUGAACCCACAUCAAAGAACAAGGUCUCCCAGGCAGCUGGCCAUGCUUGCAUCCUGCCGUAGCAUGAAGGGAUCCCACUUAUUCCUCUGCCUCUUCUCCAUGUCGUGCUGGUUGAAUUUGAUGCCAGCAGCUGGGAACAAAAUCUUCCACUUUGGACCCUGCAGGAUUUCAAUGAGCAUGACUGAGAUUAGGUCUGGUUUCACAGCAAUUAAAGCCAACAUCCAAGCCAGAGACCCCAUCAGGACCCUCAGCAUCUUGUCUUAUCCACAUUCUCUGCACAAAGUUAAGUCUUCAGAUAGAUGCUGCAUCACCCACCACCUCUUCGACUUCUACGUGGACAAAGUUUUCAAACACUGCAAGACCGAGGAUUCAUAUGUCAACCGAAAAAUCAGCAGCAUAGCCAACUCCUUCCUCAGUGUGAAGAGGAAACUUGGGCAGUGUCAUGAGGAAAAUAAGUGCCUGUGUGGACAGGAAUCCACUGAGAAAUUUAAGCAAAUACUUGCGAACUAUGAAGGGCUGAAUGUCACAUCUGCAGCAAUUAAAUCCCUCGGCGAGCUGGACAUCCUACUAGACUGGAUGGAAAAAUCUCAUUAGAGAGCAGAAGGCAUUA